AAAUGAAAUCUAUUUAAAAACAGAGGAAUUUUAAUAAAUCUUUAAUGUGCAUGGAGAACGAAGCAAUAUGAAACGAUUCUGCACAUCAUAAAAUGAAUGCAUCUAACUUUUAAACAAUUUCAGAAUGUAAUGUUACAUAUAAUGUACCAAUAGCGUAUGCUAAAAUUACUAUAUCAAAACAUGAAAUUGCACCAAAGUUUAGACACACUUUUAUAACAACUUGUUGCAUAAGUGACAAAUUAGCUAGUCAGAUAAGGUAGUGACCAAAUUCAUUGGACCUUGUGCAAUUGUAUGUUCUUGUUGGAAUUAUAUUCAUUUAUAACACUAUAAAGUAAGCUAUUAAAAGUUAGUGUUGUAUUCGUCUGAUGUUUGCUAGGAUUUGUGUGUUUGGAACUAGUUCUAAAGCACCAAUUUCAUUGUCCACAAUAAGGAAUAUUAGAAACUAUUCUCCUGUGAUGUCUAAGUUUGAUCUCCCUGAUCGUUUAAAAGGCAACGAUAAGUCAAUAUGGGUUGAAUAUAUUCAACUUGCACUAAAAUACAAACCAUUGAACUUGGGGCAAGGGUUUCCAGAUUUUUAUGCCCCUGAAAAUGUGACAAAGGCCUUAAGCAAUGCAACUACAAGUGAUAAUCCUCUUUUAAAUCAAUAUACUAGAGGAUUUGGUCAUCCACGUCUAGUCAAUGCACUUGCCAAAUUGUAUUCAAAGCUUUUAAAUCGUGACUUGGAUCCAAAUAAUGAAAUCCUUGUUACGUCCGGUGCAUAUGAAGCUUUAUAUUCUACAUUUCAAGGCCAUACAAAUCCUGGUGAUGAAUGGAUAAUUAUUGAACCCUUUUUUGAUUGUUACGUACCUAUGGUAAGAACUGCUGGCGGAAUACCUAGGUUCAUUGCUUUAAGACCAAAAAAUGUAAAUGGUCCCUUGAGUUCAGCAGAUUGGGUAUUUGAUAGGCAAGAGUUAGAAAGUUUGUUCAAUAAGAAGACCAAAGGAAUAAUUAUUAAUACUCCGCAUAAUCCUGUGGGAAAAGUUCUCACACUUGAUGAAUUACAAUUUAUUGCUAACUUAGCUAAGAAAUGGGAUACACUUGUUGUAUCGGAUGAAGUUUACGAAUGGAUUGUGUAUGAACCAUAUCAGCACAUUAGAAUUGCAACGUUACCCGACAUGUAUGAACGUACAAUUACAAUUGGUUCUGCUGGUAAAACGUUUAGUGUUACUGGAUGGAAAACAGGAUGGGCUUAUGGUCCAGCCAAUUUAAUGCGCAAUUUACAAGUUGUUCAUCAAAAUGCUGUAUAUACCUGCAAUACUCCGGUCCAAGAAGCUAUAGCUGUCGGAUUUGAACAGGAGUUAUCAAGAUUCGACCAACCAGAUUGUUACUUUGUGAGUUUAGCGAAGGAAUUGCUGCCAAAACGGGAUUACAUGGCUAAAUUUCUUAGCGACGUGGGAAUGGUACCAACAAUUCCUGAAGGUGGUUACUUCAUGGUAGCUAACUGGACUGCUUUAGAGAAUAAAGUCAGAUUGAACGAAGAAACGGACCAAAACAAAGAUUACCGAUUCACAAAGUGGAUGACGAAGAACGUUGGUGUUCAAGGAAUUCCGUCGUCCGCAUUUUAUAGCGAGGAACAUAAGCAACUAGGGGAAGAUAACGUCCGGUAUUGUUUUAUAAAAAAAGAUGAAAAUUUGAAGGAAGCUGCUGAAAUAUUAAUGAAAUGGAAAUCUCAAUAGUAGAAGAACGGAUGCUGGUAGUCCUUGCUACUUAACUAAAAUAAAUAUCUUUUUUACAUACUGUGUCUUACAUAUUCUUAAUCAUUGUAUAUUCUCCUGGCAUCAGUAUGGUUUAUUUGACAGUACAAAAAUAUUGCAAUUUAUACAAGUAUUAGAAGUCACCGCGCAACCACCUUUUGGCGUCCUUGGUAUCGGCGCCGAAAGUUUUGCCGUAUCUGCAUUAAACAAAUAAAAUGUUUACAAUUUUUAGAG